AUGAACGUAUUAAUAUCAAUUAUAUCACUUGUAGCGGCAUUGGAGCUGCGAACGCUGGUGUAUCUCAACAAACUCUACGUGCACCCGGCAAAACAAACAAAUAAUAAGAUAUAUCGCGGUUACGAGAUCGAACGGAACGUAGGCCUGGGCGUACGGCUAAAACAAUUCGUUCUUCGGCCUGAGCACCAUUUAACAGUUAACGAUUUUUGGAGAGUUCUCGGCAAAAGUAGCGAGCAACUUACAAAUAAGAACCAUAUAUUGCGGUUGAUGGAUGACAACCUGCGAAUACGACCAUUUCACACACCGAUAGAUAGUGUUACCAUCUUUUCCAUUAUUUUGGAUGCGCUUAACCUACCUGAGGGCUGCCACAUUUUUUUGGUCGUUGAUGAUCUCGAUAUCAAGGAAAUAGCACAGAGUGCCGUUCAAGCGUUCACCAACGUGAACUUGAAGCUGCAAUACAUUCUGCCCAAGACUCUCGUUCUAGCGCUCGAUGAGUUGGUGAAAAAGAGGAUCAAAAAGAGGUACCUGUUGGUGAUCGACACCAGCGGGAAAAGGAGCGUUUUUUCGUUUUAUACGACCAAUAAGGGCAAGAAGGGCCGGAAAGCAGGAAAAGAAAAUGACCAAAACUCGAAGAUUGCCGGCAAAAACGAGAGAAAGGCUGACAGCAAAUCAAAGGAAGACGAAAUAUUAAAUUGGAACGAAGGAUAUACAAUCAAAUUUGCGUUUGCCCACGAAACAGAGAUAAUAUCGGAUAUCACGAUCACAAACAUGAUAUACGAGUUCAUACGAAAGACCGUGGAAGAUGCCUACAACAAGUUCAGGACUAAAGAUAGGAACCUAGAGCCGGUCGAGAUGGGCUACUAUCCCUUCGACUACGAUAGAAAAAGACCGGAUUAUUAUUUUUAUGCCGAAGACAUCCUAAUGGAUAUGCUGCAGCCAAUACAAACAGGAGCAAAAAGCUACACAAGAACAGAAGUUCUUAUUCACAACUCGAACGGUGCCUCGAUUGCGGUGCUAACCUUUCAGGAAUUCGAUCUCAAUGAUCUGCAUCGUAAGCUCAACCGUUACCGUGAUAAAAACAACACAACGAUGUCAUCGUUUGAAGACAACCUUGUAAAUAAAAUGUUGGAAAUUAUGAACGAUAGAAAGAUAGCGCCCAAAAAUCUGCUAAAGCAUAUCGAUGUGAUAUGCCAUGGCAUGGCAAUGGAGCUCAGCUUUGUUAAAGAGUAUUUUUCGGUGCUAAAGGUAAAAACCAGACAUUUCUUGUCUCGCUACGGCUCGGGAGGCAACCACUACCAUCCAUCAAAAGUAAAGGAUGAUAGGGUUUAUGAGGUGAAUAGCAUUCCUGGGGUAAACACAGAGGAAUAUGAGAAGAUAAUGUAUGAGAUCAAAGUGUAUGAAACAGCAAAGAAACUUGCAAAUAGUAGCGAAAAGAUACAAUCGGAUCAUCCAUUGGUCAAAGAAUACGAGGAGUUGAAAGAAAAGAUUUCAAGGAGUGAUCCGAAUCUGACAUUCGAUGAGUACCGUGAUUUUGCUAAGAAUUAUGAGCAAAUUGCGUACAAAUAUGAUACAAGAAGCCUUAAAGCGGCGCAUGCAGGUCUGCUCGAACAGCUUCGAGAGAUUGAGAUGCUGAAGAACGAGGAGCCUAAACUGUAUAGAGCCGUUGAGCAUCUCUAUGAAGGGAUCAAGAAAUGGCAUGAGGGACUCGGUGAUAUAACUGAAACGACCUGUUACGAGCUUAUAAAACAGCGGCACAGGCUGAAAGAGUCGCUAGAGGCAGCGAGAGAGGGUAGAGCUGUGGAUGAGAUCGACAGUAAAAUGGAUACAGAGAUAUCGCAUGAGGAGAGGAAACCAGAAAGCGUGCCACCUGACCAAUACAUCACAAAAAGAACAACGAUGCCGAAAAAAAAACGGGCAAAAUACGUUCAUGUGUUCAAAAAUCUUAUUUAUCGGUUCUCAAGACUUUUGGGCAUCGCGAAGCGUAGAUCCGAUAGAGUGCGGCAAAGGGACGUCUUUGAAGAGAUACCGAACAAAACAAGACUCGAACGAGUCAUUCCUCGAUCUAUUGAUCCAUCUUUCGGUAGCAAACACCAAUACUUGGAUGAUUCUGAAGAAAUAGAAAAUGAGAAGAGGUACGAAGAAUACGAGCAAAGGGGGUAUGUCCACGAGGAGCUGUGAAAUUUUAUUAAAUUCUC